AUGAAAGUUUUUGCCGGUUUGGACUGCCGCGCAUUAGUCGACGAAUGUGCUUCGAAAACCACCAACAACUGCCAUGAACACGCCAUUUGCAUAGAUACUCGUGACGCCUAUAAAUGCCAAUGCAAAGAGGGCUAUGUGGAUCAUGACGAGCUGAGAAACCCCGGACGCGAUUGUCGCAAAGCGAAUCAACUCUGUGAAUCUGGACGUCAUGACUGCGACAAGAAUGCCCAGUGCAUCGAACGUGGCGCCAACGACUACGAAUGUGUCUGUAAGGCCGGAUUCCUCGAUCGCAGUCCACUGCCCCAUCGGAUGGGCCGCAAGUGCUUGGAGCGUGUGUGCUUGGACGACUCCAAACACGACUGCCAUGUGGCGGCUGUUUGUGAAGAAGUGGACGGACCGGAGAAGUACACCUGCAAGUGUCGCGAUGGAUAUGUGGACGCCAACAAAUCCAAACCAGGCCGUGAAUGUCGAGAAUUGGUCAAUGAAUGCUUGGACUCAUCACUGAAUGACUGCGACCCGGCAGCUACCUGCCGUGACACACCGGACUCGUACGAGAUUCGUGACAUCUCCAAGGAUUCAUACGAAACCUGGCCGAACUGUGUUGGGCUGGUCAACGAAUGUCUCAUGCCGCAUUUGAACAACUGUUCACGAUUUGCUGACUGUACGGAUAAGGAAGAGGGUUAUGAGUGCAAGUGCAAACCAGACUAUCAUGAUCAAAACCCAAGCAAUCCUGGAACCAACUGUAAAUUCAUUAUCAAUGAAUGCUCGGCAGAGAAUCUGAAUGACUGCGACAAGAGAGCCGAGUGUAUCGAUACUAUCGACGGUUACGAUUGCAAAUGCAAGGCACCGUAUGUGGACCAAAUGCCUGAAAGUCCUGGACGAGUUUGCAGGUAUAACGAAUGUGCUGAUCCAAAACUGAACGAUUGUGAUAAGAAUGCCGAUUGUAUCGAUACUGACGAUGGAUUUGUCUGCCAGUGCAAACUCGGAUUCUUCGAUGAAAAUACCGAUCCUCAGAAGACCGGC